AUGGAUAUGCCAGAGGAUAGUUUCAACGGGUUAGGAGAAGGUUUCGAUGGCUUUCCCAAAAGCCUUCCCGAAGAUUGCGUCGAAUACUCUCUCUUCAUCCUUGAUUCUAGGCUGAAGUCGCAGAGGGAACUCCUUGGACGAUUAGAGGAAGUGCGCAAGGAGGCUCUCACAUUGACAGAAAGUCUGUUGAAGGAUUACAUAUGGCAACGGGACGCAUUCAAGCUGGAGGUUGACAGUAGUAAAGGAUUGUUGUACCUCCAUGGCUUGACAAACUACGGCGACUCGGUCGAGGAUGAAUGGCUUAUUGUAUAUAUUCUCAAAGAGCUAAGCAAUCGAUUUCCAAAUCUAUGGAUCAAGGUUGUCGAUACCGAUGGCGAAUUCUUGUUGAUCGAAGCUGCCAAUGCCUUACCUCGCUGGCUCAACCCAGAAAUUGCUGAUAACCGCGUAUGGAUCAACAACAACAGACUCCACAUCAUACCACUCAGCGCAGUCCUCAAUUCGUCCUCGCCAACUCCCACAGGCCCUGUGUCACGACCCCUGACUCUUGAUGAAGCCCACAAGACGAUCACAACAAUCCCAGAAGUGCUCAUCAACUCUCCUUUUGUAGAGGAAGAAGCGUUUUACCGACUCAGACAUUACCCGUCUCAGAUCAACGCAUCUCUGCAUCACUCGCUAAUUACGAUUCCACGAAAACUUGCAUACCUCCUGCAUGCCCGGCCAACAUCCAUCGCACCCGCGGUGGAAGCUUUCUAUCUUCGCGAUCCAGUCGCAUUGAAACCACUCCAGAGCUCCUCGUCAGAUCUUGUCUUUCCCCCGGUCGACCUUGUGACUAUCUCCACCCGGUUUACCAAGAUUCUGUACGCGCAACUAAAGUCACAGCAAUUCUCAGCACCAGUCUCGUGGAAGGAUAGAAUAUCCAGUGCUGGGAAGCAUGCGCCAUCUGACCACAUCGGAGCCAAGAAGUACGCAUGUUUAGAGCUUGGCAUGAAAGUCACUUCAGGGUUUGAGAUGCUGGUCACGGAUUCAAAGAAUGGAGACAGCCGGAUCGUUCGCGAGUUUAAGAUCCUACUGGAUGACCUAGAGAUGGAUGACGAUGCGACGCUGCCUACUGACGAAGAUAUUGCCAAAUGGAAGGAUGUAGACCGUGAAGAUAGCGAGACCUGGCUGGACAUAAACUUCGAAGACUUCGAACGUGAGUUGGAUGGAAAGAAUAAGGCGAAAAAGUCUGCUGCACCUGGCGUCUUUGGGCCGGAGCCACCGUCGGGAUUUGGCGAUGCCAAGGCUCAAUCCGAUUUGAAGAAGAUGGUCGAGAGGUUCGAAGCAUUUCUCAACGAUGACGAUGCUGGUAUUGACGGUGCUGAGUUGGAUGACAUGGAUAUCGACGACGACGACGACGACGAUGAAGAAGAUGAUGAUGAUGACGACAGUGAGGAAGAGGACAAAGACGUCAGUUUCGAUGAGAAUGAGUUCGCCAGGAUGAUGAGGGAGAUGAUGGGCUUGCCUUCAGAGGAGCACGAGGAAGGCGAUCAAGCUAAAGCUAGCCAGUCAAAGAGCACUGCGGCUCAACUUGGCCAGAAUAGGAUUGAGGAGCUCCAUAGCAGCGAUGGAGAAGAUGACGAAGACGAAGCCAGCGAAAUCAGAAAGCUCAUGGAGCAAAUGGGGGCCGAGUUGGACGAGGCCGGAGCACUAAAUUUGGACCCUACCCCCAACAAGCUUGCAGCGCUCAAGGGCAUGUCAGACACUGGAAAGCAGGGCACAAAAUCUGCAGACGCAGACUCGGAUGACGAGAGCGAUGACGAUCUUGAUAUCGACUUCAACUUGGCCAAGAAUCUGCUUGAAAGCUUCAAGAGUCAGGCCGGCAUGGCAGGGCCCGGAGGAAAUUUGAUGGGCAUGAUGGGAAUGCAGUUACCUCGAGACGACGAGGAUUCGACAUCACCUAGCACGAAGAAGCCUUGA